UACCCAUACAAACACUCUCUCUCUCUCUCAAACAAACACAUAACAAUCACAAUGAACUCCAACUUCCACACCGCCGAACUCGAGCAGAUGCUCUCCCUCAACACUCCUUUGGAGAACGUCGAGGUUGCCCGCUGGCAAAGAAAGGCCCGUGAGGCCUCCUGUGCUGACCGCUUCAUGCCCUCGUUGAGCAACCUGGACAUCGGCCACUUCAACCUCACCAAGGAGAAUGCCUGCCCAAACAUCGAGUCUGCUUUGAACGAUUACUACAAGGACACCCUCGCCACCUCCCUCUUUGCCGAGCAGUCCGCUGACUUGCAGUCCAAGAUCCUCUCCUUCAAGUCCAAGGCUCCAGUGUCCAACACCCUGGCCUCUGCCAACUCGCUCCGCGUUCUCUACUCGCAAGCCAAGGUUGCCGACAUUGCCGCUGCCCCCAAGAUGUCCUUCCGUCAGAUUCCCCAGACCCCAGAGCGCAUCCUCGAUGCCCCAGACAUUGUCGACGACUACUACUUGAACCUCCUCGACUGGUCCAGCCAGAAUGUCAUUGCCAUCCCACUCGGAAAGACUGUGUACCUUUGGAACGCCACCACUUCCAACAUCCAGCGUCUGUUCUCCGUUGAGGGCGCUGAUGACUACAUCACCUCUGUCCAGUGGACCAAGGAUGGCAACCAUUUGGCCGUCGGAACCAACAGCUCCGUCGUUCAACUCUGGGAUGUCGAGCACUCCAAGAAGCUCCGCGAGCUGCGUGGCCACACUGGUCGUGUCGGUGCCUUGGCCUGGAACAACUACAUCUUGUCGUCUGGUUCCGCCGACACCAACAUCUUCAACCACGAUGUGCGCAUCCAGCAGCACCACGUCUCCACCCUCUCGGGUCACACCCAGGAGGUCUGUGGCUUGAAGUGGUCGCCAAACGGACAGCAGCUCGCCUCUGGCGGUAACGACAACAUCGUCAACGUCUGGGAUGUCAACAACGAGGCCGGUUUCGAGACCCCAAAGCUUACCUUCGAGCAGCACACUGCCGCCGUUCGUGCCAUCGCCUGGUGCCCAUGGCAACAGGACCUCUUGGCCACCGGUGGUGGUGCCGCUGACCGUACCAUCCGCUUCUGGAACACUCAGACCGGUGCCUGCUUGAACCAGAUCGACACCAUGUCUCAGGUUUGCUCCAUCCAGUGGUCCCUCCACCACAAGGAGCUCGUCUCGAGCCACGGCUUCUCCCAGAACCAGCUCUGUGUCUGGAAGUACCCAACCAUGACCAAGAUCGCCGAGCUCAACGGACACACCUCCCGUGCUCUUCACACCGCCAUCUCUCCAGACGGAGAGACCGUUGUGUCGGCCUCGGGUGAUGAGACCCUCCGCUUCUGGCGCAUCUUUGAGAAGGAGCACAAGAUGCCAGCUGCUGCCCGCAAGACCAAGGAGUCGUCCACUCACUCGAUGUUGAGAUCCAACUUGAUU